GCCUUCAUUUCCUCCUUACUUUUAAUCUCACCAGCGGUUUGUACAGAUGUGGCUGCCUCUACUGCUGCUGGGCCUAUUGCAGCCCGUCCUGGGCUACCAGAUUGACCACAAGAAGCUGGAGAGGAUCGCACGUGGGAAAGUAGAGACAUGUGGAGGAUGACAGCUCAACAGGCUGAGAGAGGUGAAGGCCUUCGUAAUGGAGGAUAUCCCUCUUUACCACAACCUUGAAAUGAAGCAUGUCCCUGGUGCAGAUCCUGAGCUUGUUCUAAUUGCCUCCCCUUAUGAAGAACUUGAGCGGAUCCCACUCAGUGACAUGAAGAGAGAUGAAAUUAACCAGUUUGUAAAGGAUCUAGGUUUUUACAAGAAGGAAAGUCCAGAUGCCCCAGUUCCUCCGGAAUUUCAAAUGGCACCAGCAAAAGCCCCUGUGCAAGAAGCCCAGAAUGGUGAAGAUGGUCAAACUAACAAACAAGAUGAAACAAAGGAAGACUUAUAAGGGUAGUGAUAGAAUCAGCUCCAAGGUAGCAAGCUCGUAAAAAAAAAGUUGGUGGAGGGAAAACUUUUAAAAUACUCCAGUAAUGCAGUGUGCUGAAUCCUGAUCAGCAGUCCUGCUGGCAUUGUAUUUAUUUUAAACGUUGAAGCUAAAGAAUACAGCUAUAGCUUAAGUGUCUCUUUGUAGGAAUAGCACAGGAACCUAUGUAUCUAACAUCAAAGGACAUGAAUGAAGUUCUCAGCUGAAAGUUACUAGUUGAGAAUUGAUGUUAUCAGUCCUGAAGAUGAAGGAACGUUUAGUUCCUGCACUGAUCAUGCAAGUUUGUUUUUUACACAAAUGUGAUUUACGAUAUAUUUAAAUAAAUAUCUAUUUGAUUUUAAAAA